GCAGGUACCAGAAAUUUAAAAAACAGUCCCAUUCAAUUUCAAAAGGUUGCGUUUAACCUCUUUACAGCUUUUCAUCCUUUCAACCCCUUUUAACGCAAUAAAAAUGGUUAAUACUGUCGAGGCUACUGCCGUCAACACCAUCCGUACCCUCGCCGCCGAUGUUGUCCAUGGUGCUAACUCUGGUCACCCUGGUGCUCCUAUGGGUUGUGCUCCCAUGGCCCAGACCUUGUUCUCCAAGUUCAUCAAGGUCAACCCCAAGAACCCUCACUGGGCUAACCGUGAUCGUUUCGUUCUCUCCAACGGUCACGCUUGUGCUCUUCAGUACAUUAUGCUCCAUCUUCUUGGUUUUGAUGUCACCAUGGAUGACCUCAAGAAGUUCCGUGCCAUCGAUAGCAAGACCCCUGGUCACCCUGAACGUGGCUGGACUGAAGGUAUUGAAGUUACCACUGGUCCUCUUGGUCAAGGUGUCUCCAACGCUGUUGGUCUUGCCCUUGCUCAAGCUCAACUCGGAGCUACCUUCAACAAGCCUGGUUUCGAAAUCUUCAACAACGAUACCUAUGUUAUCCUUGGUGAUGGUUGUCUCCAGGAGGGUGUCGCGGCUGAAGCCGUGUCUCUUGCUGGUCACUGGAAGCUCGGAAAGCUUAUUGCCUUGUACGACGACAACAAGAUUACCAUCGAUGGUGACACUGCUGUCUCCUUCACUGAGGACGUUCAGAAGCGUUUCGAGUCUUACGGCUGGCAAGUUCUAGUUGUCGCUGAUGGUGACAACGACUUUGAAGCCAUUGCUAAGGCUGUUGAGCAAGCCAAGGCUGAAACUGAGAAGCCCACUCUCAUCAAGAUUAGAACCACCAUUGGUUAUGGUUCUCAGCACCAAGGUGAAGAGAAGGUUCACGGUUCUCCCCUUUCCGCUGACGAUAUCAAAAACGUCAAGCAAAAGUUCGGUUUCAACCCCGAUGAGAAGUACGUUGUUCCCCAGCAAGUCUAUGACUUCUGGGCUAAGCGUGCUGAAGAGAACGCCAAGGUUGAAGCUGAAUGGAACGAGCUUGUUGCCAAGUACCAGAAGGAAUUCCCCACUGAGGCUGCUGAGCUCAAGCGUCGUCUUGCUGGCAAGCUUCCCGAAGGUUGGGAGAAGGCUCUUCCCCGUUUCACUCCUUCUGACCCCGCUGUUGCCACUCGCAAGUUGUCUGAGACUGUCUUGACCGCUCUCUCUGAUGUUGUUCCCGAACUCAUUGGUGGAUCUGCUGAUUUGACUGGCUCCAACUUGACCCGAUGGAAGAAGGCUGUCGAUUUCCAACAUCCUUCCACUGGUCUUGGUCAAUACGAUGGUCGCUAUGUCCGUUAUGGUGUCCGUGAACACGCUAUGUUUGCUAUCAUGAACGGUAUUGCUGCCUACCAAGGUCUCAUUCCCUUCGGUGGUACCUUCUUGAACUUCUUGACCUACGGUUGGGGAGCUACUCGUUUGUCUGCUGUUUCUCACCUUCGCGUCAUCUAUGUCAUGACCCACGAUUCCAUCGGUCUUGGUGAGGACGGUCCCACCCAUCAGCCUAUUGAGACCCUCGCUUUGGUCCGUGCUACCCCUAACAUCUAUACCAUGAGACCCGCUGAUGGUAACGAGACCUCUGGUUGUUACCUUGUCGCUUUGGAGAACGACCACCGUCCUUCCGUCAUUGCUCUCUCCCGUCAAAACCUUCCCCAACUUGAAGGUUCUAACAUUGAGGCUGUCCGCAAGGGUGGUUACGUUCUUCACGCUGAGCAGAAGCCCGAUGUUGUCUUGGCUGCUACUGGUUCCGAAGUCGCCAUCGCUGUUGAUGCUGCCAAGCUUUUGGAGAAGGAGGGUCUUAAGGUCCAAACCGUCUCUAUGCCCAUCACUGACCUCUUCGAUGAGCAAUCCCACGAAUACAAGCUCUCUGUCUUCCCCCAGAACACUCCUGUCGUCUCUGUUGAAGCUCUUACCGUCUUCGGUUGGCAACAGUACUCUCAUGCCCAAGUUGGCAUGACCACUUUCGGUGCAUCUGGCCCUAUCAAGGAUGUCUAUGCCAAGUUCAAGAUCACCCCCGAAAACACUGCCAAUGUUGCCAAGGAUCUCAUCCAGCACUUCAAGAAGAUCGGUCAAGUUCCCGAACUCCCCUGUCAAAGACAGUAAACCUUCAUCCUUUUCCUCCAUCAUUACUAGUCCUAUCUCAUUAGAUUUAAAACUCGCUGCUGUAAUUACAGAAUAAAUACAUUCCAGACUGGUUGUAUAUUGUACUUCUUUGAUUCUC